UGCCGGGCUCGGGCUGUGGGGUGCCGCAGCUCCCACCGCCGCGCCAGGUGCCGCUUCCAGCCGGAGCGCGGGGCGGCUCCCCUGGGCCGCCAGCGCCUGCCGCUGCCCGGGCGCUGGGAGGCCGCCCGCAGGCCGGCUUCGUCGUGCUGAGCGCUGCCCGGGCCCCUGCGGCCGGCGGCCCUCUGUCGGGGGCAGGGCGGGUCCUCCUGCUGAGGGGUGGGCAGGCGGAGGAGCGCCAUGGCAAGUCAGCAGAGGGAGCUGAGGCGGCUCUGGAGAAUUCGUCCUCGGUAAAAAUGCCUCUGGAAGAACCUCCUUAGCUGCCUUCUCCGGCCUCCAGAAAGGAGACGAAGCCAGUCCAGCGCAUUGCGCAGGGCACAAGUGACCACCGCUCGGAUUUUGACACCAUCUGUGGAAAAAAUUGCACUGUUCGCACCCACCCUGCACAGUUUCGAUGCUCUCACCCGAUGCGCGCCUUCCCCGCACCGCCACUCGGCCGAAAGCUGCGUCCGCUCGGCCAGCGAGGUCACGGCACUGUCCCCGAAGCUGGGCAGCUUUUGCAAGCCGUUGACAUCACAGAGGUGUCAGCUGGCACUGAGUGCGACAUGGAGACGCUCCAGCCACCGUUCCGCACUUGCCAAUGUAGAAACCGGGCUCGGUUUCCAGUCAGGCGCUCUGCCAAGGAGUCAGGUAGACCACGGCCCCUGAGCCUCAUGUUUCUUUUGGGGAUGGGGAUGGCAUCGGAGAGGAUCAACUGCCCAAGCAGGUGUAGCUGUCAGUACCUGGAAGUGAACUGCACAGGGCAGCAGUUGCAGGAAUUCCCUGUGGCCAUCCCGCUGGACACCAGGCAGCUGAUUCUGGCAGCAAACAACGUCUCGUACCUGCCAGCAGUGGAAUUGAGCUUCUUGGCUGAUUUGGUCUAUCUGGACUGCAGGAAGAACCUCUUGGGGGAUGACCUGGAUUUCAGUUUCAUUGGUGUGGCCAAGCUUGUCUAUCUGGACCUCAGCUUCAACAACCUCACACAGGUCACCUUCAGCACCUUCUCACACCUCCUCAGCCUGGUGGUGCUGAAGAUCUCGGACAAUCCCAACCUUGUAGCCAUCGAGAAGGAUGCUUUUGCCAACAACACCUGGCUGAGGCACCUGGAUGUGAGCCGGACAGGCUUAAAGUUCCUGGACACCAGCACUGUCCGGGACCUGCCCAACCUGAGGUUUCUGGGGCUCAGUGACAACCUGUGGCACUGCAACUGUUCCUUUUUGGACUUCAUCACCUGGAUGACAGAGAGCAACGUUCUUUUUCCAGUCGCUGACAACAUCACCUGCUACACCCCAGAAGACCUGCGUGCCCUGAAAAUGCCUGCAGUGGAGGCACAUCUCCACUUCAACUGCCUGACCCGGCUGUACAAGCAAGACUACAUCUUUCUGUGUCUCAUUGGCUUCUGCAUAUUCUUUGCCGGCACCGUGGCAGCCUGGCUGGCUGGUGUCUGUGCUGUCAUCUACGCAGUCCACACUUCAAAGGGGGAGGAGGAGGAGGAGGAGGAUGACACAGUCACUUAGGAUCAGCCCUACAAAUUCUUCUGAAUGCCUGUCGUGGGAACUGAAGGCAGGCCCUUCCUGCCCAAUUUCCCACGUUAUGUCCCAUUCUAGAUGCUAGUUUUUUGAAGUGAAAUAAAACUGCAAGAGAAGAAAAGUCUCUGUGCUCCAGUUUCACUCACUGUGCUACCUCCACA